AGCAUUCAAUUCCCGUUUUGCAAUUGUCCUACAACAGACUUAUCCACAUUUUUCCAUAAGAAGUGUUAAUUUAAAAGAUGAAGAAUAUUAAAAUAAACUCUUAAAAGUGCGUAAAAACGUUCAACUGUUACUCGAAUUGUGCUUGCAUGAAACAAAAUUACAACUAAUUGAUGAACUUUGUUCGAUUUUCCCCAUUUGGUCGGUGCAAAGUUACAUAGCAAGAAAACACUUAAAGGGAAAAAUCAAUCGAGUAAUUGCAAAUACUUCAUCAUUAAAUUUAACCUUGUGAAAACUGAUAUUCAAAUUGAAAACCGCUUCGCAUAAAAAGUGGAAUAGUAUUCGUAACAUAAAACGAUAAAGAUAUAGUUUAAAUAUGUUGCGAUACUGUGCCACAUUAUUUAAUUAAAAAAGGUUGUGCCUACAAAUUCAAGAAUGCACGUAGAUGAGAAUUGGAUUAACAAAUGGUGUACCUUCAGGCUGUAUGGAUGCAUUGAAAACUGUUUGAGCGCUAUGUGGUUAGGAACUGGAGGCUUGUCUUAUAUAUAUUGGAUUUGAACUCGAAAAUCAAACGAGUCGUUAGCGCUUCAAAGUAAAAUUGUACUUACACGAAAAUGAAAAAAUUUACUUUCAAGGGGGUUCUUGAUGGUUUCCGACAAAGCGUGCAACCACAGGUGUUCAGACAAGAGCUGGAAAUACCAGAACAUUUAAGGACCGAACAUUUUACGCUUAAGAGGACAUUUCGGCACGGAUUUCCCUAUUCUCCUACUGCGUUCGCUUUUGAUCCCGUGCAGAGACUCUUAGCGAUCGGAGAUAAAUCUGGGUUCAUUAGAAUACUUGGACGGCCAGGCGUGGAUGCUCAUGCAAAACACGAGGGCGAGUCGGAGUGUGCUGUCAUAUUUGCAGAGUUUCUAAUUAAUGAAGGUGCACUCGUUACGGUAACAGCGGAUGACACAUUGCACUUGUGGAGUAUUCGACAAAAGACACCGCAAGUAGUUCAGAGUCUCAAAUUUCAACGAGAGAGGGUAACAUGUAUCCAUCUGCCCGUUGGAAGUAAAUGGCUAUACGUUGGAACAGAAAGGGGUAACAUCCAUGUGGUCCAUGUGGAAACGUUUACCCUUAGCGGCUACAUAAUUAACUGGAAUAAGGCUAUUGAAGUGGUUCGAACUAGUCAUCCUGGUGCUGUGAUUGCGUUAUGUGAUAAUCCCAUAGAUGCAAACAAGCUACUUCUUGCUUUUGAAUGUGGACUUCUUGUGCUAUGGGACCUUAAAAGUAAAAGCGCGGAAUUUCGUUGGCAAGCUGCUGAGCCGGUUAAAUCGGUAGCUUGGCAUUAUGAAGGAAAAUAUUUUAUUUCCUCCCAUACGGAUGGCUCCAUAUGUACUUGGCCAACCAGACCUCUAGCGAAACCUCAAUCAGUUAUUUGUCCUCACGCUAAAGUUUCUAAGGAAGGGUCAGUAGAAAAAUGUAAGCCCAUUUAUAAAGUCGAUUUAAAAACGUCACAAACGGGCGAUUCUUUUACAAUAUUUUCUGGUGGAAUGCCUACUGAGAAAAGUUCUAAAUCAAAUUGUAUAACUGUUAUGGUGGGAAAAUCAACGACUGUUUUGGAAAUGGAGCACGCCGUCGUAGACUUCAUUAUCCUCUGUGAAAAUCCUUGGUUAUGCGAAACACAAGAACCUUAUGCGAUAGCAGUACUUCUCCAAUAUGACUUAGUUUUAAUAGACUUACUUACGCCCGGUUUUCCAUGUUUCGAAUCGCCUUAUCCUAUGGACUUACACGAAUCACCUGUUACAUGUUGCACCUAUUUAACUGAUUGUCCCUCGGAUUUGGUUCCUGCUUUUUACUCUGUUGGUCGCACAACGACUACUAAGAAAACUGGCUUUUCUGAGCGAGAAUGGCCGAUAAACGGCGGAGAGUGGUUUCCUGCAUCGUGUAGUUAUUCGGAAAUCAUAAUCACUGGUCAUCAAGAUGGCACUUUAAAGUUUUGGGACUCUGGUGCAGGAACUCUGCAAAUAUUAUAUAAAUUGAAAACGGCAAAAGUGUUUGAAAAACCGAAAAAUUCACAUCCUGACGGUGGAAUCGAAAAUCCACUUGCAAUUCAACAUAUAUAUCUUUGCUCUGAAUCGCGCCGAUUAUGUGUUGCUGGUUGUGUUGGACAAGUUAUGCUGUUUAAAUUUCGCAAGGUCGAAUCAACGUCUGGGGUUUUGACUUUGGAGAUACCAAUUCUGUAUGAAAAUUUUGAUGACAUCUAUGGUACAAGCCCAGAAUGCGAUUUUAUACCACAUCAAGUUCAAAAAACUGAGUCAAGCGAAUCGGAUAAGAUCGACUGCCCCUUGAAGGUUAAAGUGGGAUCACAACGAAAACCGGCUGGGUUUCAGUCGCAAUUGGUUUGUUUGACUACGGGUCCAAAUAGAAGAAAUGUUCAAGUGACAUCAUUAUGCAUUAAUUCCAAUUAUGGACUUAUGGCAUAUGGAACGGAAUAUGGACUUGUUGUAAUUGACAUUGUACAAAAAAUUUGUUUACUAAGUGUGGCGUGCCCUGAUUUGUACGGGGCCAAUGAUCCAUACUCCAGGAAUCCUAAGAGUCCGAAGCGCAUUGAAAAUAAAGAAGAACAAAGUCGAUCACCCAGUUCUGAUCAGCUGAACGACAACACUAGCCCUGACAGCCCAUCCAUUGAAUUUGUUCCCGAAACAAAUGAGCCAUUUUCAUCUUAUCAAAAUAAGUCAAAUUCAUCGCGUCCAACUUCUCCGGAAAACGAAAGUCUAGCAACAAAUGUUGUGUCAAAAAGUCCACUUCGCGAAGAAACACCAAACCCGCCAAAAGAUCUGCAAGAUAGAAGAAAGUCAAUGUCAUGGAAAACUUUUAACCUUAAGCGUCAAUUAUCCAAAGUCAAUAUGAAAAUUGGAAUCAAUGUUAAUAACGAAAUCGAUCUUAUUAAAAACAAUUCAGUCUUUUACACUCAAAAAGAAGUAUCGCCUGAGGAAAAUGGAGGCGGCGACGGUUUAUCGCCAAACGACAAGACGAGUAGGAGCGACAGCAAAGAAAACACUUGUGAUUUUAGCAAUGAACUUAAUGUAGAUCCACCUGAUAGCGAUGAUAAACCAUUAAGCAGUUUUCAAACAAAAGGUUGUAAUAAUUCCAGUUUAAGCACAUACGAUGUUGAAGCAGAUGGCGGUGAUAUUUUUGACAUUCCAAAUGACGCUCAAGCAAAUACGAAAAAAGUUGAGUUUGAAAAAGAUACCGAGGAUUUUCAAACUUCAAGACCUUGUGAUUUACCACUCUCUGCGAUCAGUGACGCAAUUCAGGGAGAGCAUGUGUGCGUUAAAACAGCGUGUAAAAAGUUUAAAGAGAAACAAAGGGAUCAGCGGCUCUUAUCUGUUCCAAAUAUAAAAUAUCAAACCCGAGAUAUUCGAGCAAGGACAAAUAAAAUUGACUCUUCACCGUCCAUAAGUGGAAAUAUUUCAAAAAAGAUAAAUAAACGGAGGAACAUCUGUAGCCAGAACGUCGGCAUCGUGCCCAUCGAGUUGUGGUAGCAAAGUUGCUGUUUCAGGUAGUCCAUCUGAUCGCCGUGCAAAUGAUGCCAGUGAAGUGGAACCGUUCAAUAAUAGUGAUGGCGGCUGUAUGCCUGAUG